AUGGGGAAAAGGAAACACGCUUCUUUAUUGAUCGAAGGACUUCGAAAUCGUCGGUGGUGGUGGCAUGGUGCAUACGAUAGGAGAACUAUGGCCGAAGGAAGUGUCCCAGUGGGCACAGAACGGAAGGAAGAAGAUCAAGCUACCUUUCUAAAUCGACUAAAGGGUGAACUCGAAAAUGGUUUCAAUACACCAGGAGCGGAAAUAAAACUAACUUAUUUUGAAGUUGUUCGAGUUUGUGAUAUUGUGAAGGAAAUAUUCAGCAGUGAACCUCUAAUUCUGGAAAUUCAGUCGCCAGUUUAUGUAAUGGGCGACAUACACGGACAAUUUUAUGAUCUUCUGCGAAUCUUUAGUCAGAUUGGCUCCACUGAUAAUCGAUUUCUUUUUCUAGGUGACUAUGUAGAUCGUGGACCUCAAGCUAUCGAAGUUGUUAUGUACCUAUUUAUACUUAAAGUGCUCAAUCCAAACAAAUAUUUUCUACUGCGAGGUAAUCAUGAAGAUCUCCAUCUGAGUAUAAAAUAUGGAUUCGAAUUGGAAGUGAGACGCAAAUUUAAUGAUCCCACAUGCUUUUUUGACACCAUUGAUGUUUUCAAUGUUAUGCCCAUUUCUGCAUUAAUUGAUGGACGUAUUUUCUGUGUUCACGGAGGACUUAGUGAGGAGUUUAUUAAAAGGGAUUUUGAUUGCAUCCAUGGGGCCUAUAUGCCUAUUCCUCGGCCAACAAGCGUAUCAGAAUUCUCCUUUGUUCGAGAUCUGCUCUGGGCAGAUCCUGUUCCAGACGACAAGGGAACAGCUGACACGUUAUUUAUUCCAAAUCCCUCAAGAGGAAAAUCAAUGGUGGCCUUUGGAAAAGCUGCCACUGAGUGCUUUUUCUCCAAAUUCGGUUUGAAAAGAAUCCUGAGAGGUCAUGAAUUUUGUCCCACGGGGAUUAAAUAUGAUCAUAUGAACAAGUGCAUUACCGUUUUUUCAGCUCCUAAUUAUCAUAACACAAAAACUCCAGCUGCCUAUAUAUUGACAAGCAGCCCCGACGGUAAUGACAUUAAAUUUGAAAUUAUGACAAUUUCUCCUUCCCAGUCCCAAUCUUAG